AUGUCUUCUCACAAGACAUUCAUUGUUAAGCGUAAACUCGCUAAAGCUCAAAAGCAAAAUCGUCCACUUCCACAAUGGUUCCGUAUGAAAACUGAUAACAAAAUCAGAUACAACGCCAAACGCCGUCACUGGAGAAGAACAAAAUUGAAGUUACAUUUUAUUGUUUUUUAA